AUGGCUCCUCUCUCCAUAGUAUCUUCCUUACUCACCUUCCUGUUAUGUAUUUCUCCUGCCUUCUCCACGAACUCUGAAGGAAAUGCUUUGCAUGCUUUGAGAAGCAGACUCAAUGAUGCCACCAAUGUCCUGCAGAGCUGGGACCCAACUCUGGUCAAUCCCUGCACUUGGUUCCACGUAACCUGUGAUUCUAAUAACCAUGUGAUCCGUUUGGAUUUGGGUAACUCUAACAUUUCUGGGAGUUUGGGGCCUGAGCUUGGGGAGCUGAAGCACCUACAGUACUUGGAGCUUUAUAGGAAUGACAUAAGUGGUAAAAUCCCAAAGGAGUUGGGGAAAUUGAAAAGCCUUGUUAGCAUGGAUUUGUAUGACAACAGAUUUGAAGGAAAAAUCCCCAAAUCUUUCUCCAAAUUGAAGUCACUCAGAUUUCUGCGACUAAACAACAACAAACUAACAGGAUCUAUUCCAAGGGAGCUCGUCAGCCUUUCUAACCUGAAAGUUUUUGAUGUUUCCAACAAUGAUCUAUGCGGAACAAUUCCAGUUGAUGGCCCAUUCGGGACUUUCUCAAUGGAAAGUUUUGAAAACAACAGACUUAAUGGCCCAGAGCUGAAAGGACUGGUACCCUACGACUUUGGUUGCUGA